AUGUUUGACAGUGAGGCUCCAGAUCAAGUGCAGAAACAAAGGGGAGUGUUCAAGUCAGUCGUAAACUUUCCUCACCUGCUUCAGCCACAUCUCUCAGAUCAUCAGAUCACAGAGGCAGUGAAAGAGUGUAUGCAUCUGUCUGAUCCAGGACCACACGUGAUCAUUCUGGUCCUCAAAAAUGAUCAGUGUUCAAGAGAAGAUCAAGAGCAUGUGGAGAAGGUGCUGCACUCUUUCUCCGACAAGGUUUAUGAACAUACCAUGGUACUCAGCAUACAAGAAUCAGACAGUGAGCCGACUGAAGUCAAUGAUGUUAUAAAGGAAAUUAUAAAAAAAUGUUCUAGCAGACAUUACCAACUCAAGAAAGGCAGCCCUCCUCCUAAUCUUAGAGAGAAAAUAGAGAAUUUUGCACAAACUAACAGUAGACGCUAUCUGGUCUGUGAUGAAUUUGCAAAUUCAGAAGGUUCAGAGAAUUCCGUGGAGCAACAGGUUACAGAAGGAGAAGAAGAGUGUGACACUAUAAUUGAUGAUGUGAAGAACAAAAUUGUUCUGGAGCAGCUCCUGGAGAAAUGUGGAGGAAGACAUCAGACCUGUAACAAGAGAUUGAACAAACAAUCAGAGAUGAGUGAAUUGAUAAACAACAUUGAGCAUCUGUUUAAUGAAAAUCAACGGCAGUGCUACACUGCAGACAUUUACAACACAGUGUUAGCAAGGCAAAACAUCUUCCAAAAGAAUAAAGAUGAGACCGAUAAAACCACAGUCAAGAAUGAGAGCCCUGAGCGCACCACUACAAGAGCAACCAGGGCAACACAAAAGAUAAUGGUUUCAACAGAAGAAACAAGAUCUGAACUAGAUGAAGGAAAAUAUUUUUUUAAAACAACAAAGGAUCUCUUUGAUAGACUUCAUCUUAAAGCCAGGCAGUGUAACCUUAGAGCUGCUGAUGUCCUUCAGUUAACUGAACAUUCAUUACUGGCCCGUGAAUCUUGUGCUGAAGAAGAGCUGAUUCAGACUUUAGUACAAAAACUACUGAUGAUGAACUACAGAGCAAGACACAUUCAUGUCAAGGCUAGUGAACAGGAUCAAACACAACAAAGAGAUACUGACUUAUCUGAAGACAGUGGUGAUAUAUUCAAAGCGGUGUCUUUGUCAAACAAAGGAACAAACCAAUCUGACCCUGUUCAUCCGAUGGAUGUUCAGAUGGCAGUGUUUCAUUGUGCUGAUGGUUUUCUGAAGCAGCUGAUGGUCACUAAACUGUCCCAGUGUCAGUACGCUCUGCCUCUGCUUGUUCCUGAUCCAUUCACUCAACAGAUUGAGUUUCCUCUCUGGACGUUCAGACAAAUCAACAAGAGCUGGAAGAUGAAAAACAUCAAUAAUGAAAUCGUCAGUCAAACCCAGCCCAUCUACAAGGCCGAAACUCCAAUGGUGUUUUUAUUUAGGUUUGGCUCUGUGUCUUCAUCCAAGUCUCAGCUGAUGAACAGUCUGAUCAAUGAGAAACACAACACAUUCUUCCACAGGAAUUGUCCAGGCAGCAGCAAAAACAGAGUCAUGAUGGAUGGAGUGGUGGAGAUCGCCUGGUUCUGCCCUUCUGGAAGAGACACAGAUAAAUUCAAUGAGUGUGUAGCAUUCUGUAAUCUACACGGUGACGCAGGAGACCAUGAGAAACAGCUCCAGAUCCUCACUAAAAUGAGCUCAGUCAAUGUUGUUCUUCUACCACAACUGGACAGGAAUGACAAACAUGCAGAAAAGAUACAAAACCUGUAUGGGAACACAAAGCCACUCUUUUGUCUUUUUACUGAGGAUGAUUCAAAUCUCACGUUGAUGCAUAAAGGAAAAUAUAAAAUUGGUCUGAAAGACAGAUGUCAGCCAGCUGUUUCUGAUGAACUCAGAAGAGCCAUAAACUAUUGUCUCUCAGAAUCAUCUUCCACUUUCAGACUUGAAGAUGUGUCCAAACACUCAGACAUCAGAGUAGAUGAGAAAGAUGAUGAUGACUGCAGGAGAGGAAGAGAAGUAGCACAGCAGAUGAUGAGUUUACUGGAGAAGAAAGAUCUGAGAGAAAUCAAAGAAUCAUUUCUGCCUCAUCAGGGGAAACUGUGGCAUCAGUGGAGUCAGAAGAACAAAGAACUACAUCGGCCUCGAGCAGAUGAGACAGAAAUUGAAAUAAGUAAGAAACACUCAGAAAUUAUGAAAAUCAGAGAACAACAGCAUGAAUCUGACAUCAGUGAGUUUAUGAAGCUAUUCAUUAAAGAAAUUAGUUCUCAUGAUGAGCAUAAAAUGUUUUUCCUUAAAUGGCUCAGAAUCCUCCUGGAUGAAUAUACAUCUGCUGAUCUUUCUGCUCUACAUCACAAAUAUUAUGAAAAGUUGUCAGCGGUUUUAAAACUGAAAGAUAAACAUGUACCAGAAAAACUGACCGUUGAACAUGCAGAACUUCAAUGGUUAUCUGAGGAUCUUCAGGCUGCAGCUUUUGGUUUGGAGCACAUCAUUAGGGAGAUCGGUCAGAUCUAUGAAUCAUGUUCAUCUGUGAAGAAGAACAAGAAAGACCCGCAGGUUCACUUCUCUUCUCUCCCGAGUCUUGCAGCUGAGAUGAUGAUCUCUGGAUUUCCACUGGAGCUGAUGGAUGGAGAUGCUGCUCAUGUUCCUGUGAUCUGGAUCUCUGCUGUUCUAGAUCAACUCGUCCAGAAACUGGGAGACCAGAGAGUCUUUGUGCUGUCAGUUUUAGGGCUUCAGAGCUCUGGGAAAUCCACCAUGCUGAACGCCAUGUUUGGACUUGAGUUUGCCGUCAGUGCUGGCAGGUGCACCAGAGGAGCUUUCAUGCAGCUGGUCAAAGUGUCAGACAAGAAGAAAACACAGAUGAACUUUGACUAUAUUCUGGUUGUGAAUUCUGAGGGUAUUGGGGCUCUAGAACAGUCUGGAAGGUCAACAAGAGAUCAUGACAAUGAACUUGCCACAUUUGUCGUUGGUAUUGGAAAUCUGACCUUGAUCAACAUUUUUGGAGAAAAUCCUGCUGAGAUACAGGAGAUUCUUCAGAUUGUUGUUCAGGCUUUCAUGAGGAUGAAGAAGGUAAAUCUGUCUCCAAGCUGUGUGUUUGUGCAUCAGAAUGUUACUGACAUCACAGCUGUAGAGAAAAACAUGGAGGGAAGGAAUCGACUGCAGGAGAAACUGGAUGAGAUGACUAAACUCGCUGCUAAAGAGGAAGUCUGUGAUGCAGAAUGUUUUAGUGAUAUCAUUACAUUUGAUGUACAGAACGAUGUAAAGUAUUUUGCUCAUCUCUGGGAGGGCAGCCCACCAAUGGCACCACCAAACCCAAACUACUGUGAGAACAUUCAAGAACUAAAGGAAUCUAUUAUGUCUCAUGCCUCAAAAUCAGAUGAAAUGGUCCUGUUAGAUUUAAAAGGCCGUAUUAAAGAUCUUUGGGAUGCUUUACUGAAUGAACGAUUCGUCUUCAGCUUCAGAAAUUCUCUGGAGAUUUCAGCUUACAGGAAACUGGAAACUGAAUACAGCAAGUGGUCCUGGAGUCUUCGCAGUGCUAUGCUGGAAACUGAGAACAAACUACACAACAAAAUUGAAAAUGAAACAAUUGAUGAAGUUGAAGAAAUUGAUCUUCAAAGAGAACUGAAGAAGACAAGUGAAGAAGUGAAGAAAUCAAUGUCAGAGUUCUUUGAGAAAGACACAGAUGCAAAUAUACUGAUUCAGUGGAAAACAUCAUUUGAAAAUAAAAUUAAAGAUGUUGAAGAAGAUAUUGUAAAAGGAACAAAGAGGAAAUUAAAUGAGAUUGUUCAGCAGCGAGACCUGAGGAAAGAAAUUGAUACUCAGAGUAUACAUAACGAAAACACUCUCUAUGAAAAGAGCAAAGAACUUGCGUUAAAACUGAAAUACAAAGCUAAAGAUGAAGAAACACUGAAGAAAGAGUUUGAUUUUUUUUGGGAGCAGAGCGUGAAGAAGAUCAUCAGAGACACUCAUUCAGUCAAACACAUUGAUGCAUUGAAGGAUGUGAAACUUCUCCUCAGUGAAAUGGAUGAAGGAUGUCUCCCAGGAGACUACUGGAAAGAGAGCAGUGAGCACAGCCAUAUUUUCACAACGUCAAGUUAUUCUGAAUAUGUUGUUUUCAAAACAUCCACAAAAAAAAGAAUGACAGAGGGUGUAAAGGAUGGUUACAGAACAGUUAGAGGAACAUUUCGAUAUACUCUGAUUCUGUCUCCAGUAGAAGAAGGCGAAAUAAGAAUAUUGGUCCAAAAUGUUGUUCAGCAGACAGACAACAUGAUUCAGUCAUUCAAUAUUUCAAAGAUGGGAUACAACAUUAGCUGCAUUCAACAACUUACAGAUCACAUCAUUAAGAAAGUAAAACAACAUCAGGAAGGACCAGUGAAAUAUGUGUUCAAGAAACAAUUCUUUGUGGAUUUGGUUCUUUCCAUUUGUAAGAGAGCAAACAAGAUGAUAACCGACCAACAUAAACUAUUCAGGGAAACCAAUGAUCCUCUGAUAUAUGUCGAGAAGAAGAGAGAAGAGUGCUAUAAUAUUUUCCAGACAUACUGUCAUGGAGCAACAUCAACUGCAAUUUUUGGCAAGAUCAUCUGUCAGAAACUGAAAGAGCCCAUUGAGCAGAGCGUCUACAAGAAAACAGCCAGAGAUCUGACAGAUGAAAUGAGAUCAAACUGUGAAUCACUGAAUGGAAACAGAUCAAACCUGGAGAAACACAUUCUGAAGACACUGGCAGAAGACGAGGAUUUUGACAAAUACAUUAACUACAUUGAUAAUCCCAAAGAUCACUUCAAGAGUUUCAUCAGAGAUGAAGUCAAUCGGUACAUCACUGGUAAGUUCAGUCUCUGUGUUUUACCCAAGAUGAAGGAGAACAUUAAACUCCUGCAGCAGAAGAUCAUGAAAGCAGCUCAUCAAUCCACUGAACAAGUUCAAGUCAACAGUGGAGAUGCUGGUUUGUGGUUGAAGAGUUUCACACAGCAGCUCUCAGACGUCCUGAUCUUCUCUGAGAAAGACCUCAGUGGAGUCAAACAUGAUGAUGUUGAUGAUUUCAACCUCCUAGAAGAUGUCAUUAGCGAAGAAAAUGCAACUAUCUUGUUUGACAUCAGCAAUGCUUUUAACACAGAUACAUUACUUGUAAAUCUUGACUAUAAGUUCAGGCCAGAUGAGAUUCUGAUUGAUCACUUCUGUCAGUGCUGUUGGGUUCAGUGUCCAUUCUGUACAGCCAUCUGCACCAACACUAUAGAAAACCAUGAUGAGGACCACAGUGUUCAAUUUCAUCGUAGUAUUGGUCUGAAUGGGAUACAUUACAGAAAUACAUCUAACUUGUCUACCCAUAUCUGCACAUCAGCAGUAGCAAACAGCAAUCUAUAUUUUUAUCCCAAUGACUCAGAUGAUAAAGUCCCAUGGAGAGAUUACAGAAGAGCAGGGGGAGUUUUUGCAGACUGGAGCAUCACCCCUGAUCUCUCUGAACUGCCCUACUGGAAGUGGUUUGUGUGCAGAUUCCAGAAAGAUCUGGAAAAAUACUACAAUAAUAGAUUUGAGGGGAGUGGUUAGAUUCCUUGUGAAUGGAGAACAUACUCAAAACAGGAUGCUACCGAGAGCUUAGAUAAAUACAAUUAACUAUUACAAUUUUACUUUGAAGUCGAAAUUUGAGUUGAAACUUUGAAACUGACGUCUUUUAGGUCUUUGGCAGCUUGUGACAGAACAAUAAUAGAAGACUUAAAUUUAGUUUAGUUUUCAGUGUUCAGUGAUUUAGUGUCCACUAGUUUUAGUUGAUUUUAGGGUAUAUUUUUCAUUUAGGAUUUAGUAUUUUAGGGCUGCCAAUCAACAGU